CAUGCAGCGGCUUAUUUAAUAACACAUGUUAUCAACUCCUCCCAGCGAAGGCGUACGCAACUGAACAGCGAUGACCGCCGUGGCGCCCAUGUAUGCUGUUCCUAUCUCUGAGCGACCCCGACAGCCAUGGCGUCGCACAUUCUCCGCUGUGCUAUUCUUUCUUGUAUUCAAUCUCGGCUGCCUGAUGGUCAACGCCUCACAAUUUGUGUUCCUGCUACCUCUUCGGGUCCUGCCUUUUAAGUGGUCCAGAGCGCUGUACGUGGAUGGUAUCAGGUAUACCAAAGGCGCAUUCGGGUGCCUUCUCAUCCUGAUGUGCCAGUGGUUUGCCCCGACGAAACUCAUCGUGUCAUUCGAGACAACGGGUAAGGGCUGCUUCACCCUGGAGGACAUAGGCCGUAUUGUUGUAAAGGAUAAGAGGGGUGACGUGUCCUUGAACUUGCCGACCAAGUUCGUCAUGGUAGCGAACCACCAGAUUUACCUGGAUUGGUUGUAUGAAUGGUGUUUGUUGUAUUUUAUCGGGCCCCAAGGGGUUCACCGAUAUGUGUACAUUACAUUAAAGAAGAGCCUUCAAUGGGUUCCAAUCGUCGGAUGGGGCAUGCAAUUCUUCAAUUUUAUCUUUCUGGCGAGGUCGUGGGCAUCCGACCGAGUACAGCUAUCAGCUAGUCUGUCCACGUUAGCAUCUGAGGCUGAAAAGCAGGAUAAUCCACUCGCGUUCAUUCUAUAUCCGGAAGGAACGCUCGUCAGUCAAGACACCAGACCCAUUAGCAAGAAGUUUGCUGAUAAAAUGGGAAUUGCCGAUAUGACCCAUACGUUACUGCCCAGGUCGACUGGAUUGCACUACAGUCUGCGUUCAUUAUCGCCGCGCAUUCCAGAGCUACGUUUGAUAGACGUUACAGUGGUAUACCCAGGCGAAGAACGUCCAGCAGGAAUACCCCCCUUGCAUUAUGGACAAGACUUUUAUACCCUACGUUCCGUGUUUUUCGACGGUUUACCACCUCCUGUGAUUCACAUGCACCUGCGGAUGUUUGAUGUCGCCCGAGAGGUACCGAUUGGCGAUCUAUCGGGGAGCAAUCCUGAGGCGUCCCUGAAGACUGGGCCUAUGGUGGAGGUGGAUAUACCCGAGGAAGAAAAGAGAGGAUUCGACGAGUGGCUGAAGGGACUCUGGAAGGAGAAGGACGACUCAAUAGGAAUGUUUUAUGAGGCCAACUCGUUUACCCGUGAGAAUCAGGUCACGGUAGAAAUUCCUCUUAAGCUGCGGCGGAAACGUGAAAUGCUUGACGCAUUCUGUUUCUUCCUACCGGCAGCCGCAGGAUGGGCAUGGAGGAAAUGCAAAGGAUAUUAAAUUUCAGAAGGGGGUGGGAUGGGAUGUUGGGUGGAUACAAUAUACUAGAUGUAGCAUAAGUGUACCGAGGUUUGGAAAGCUACUCGGAUUCCCGUCUGUUUUGGAGACUUU